CACAGGCACAAGACUUCUUAACAAUAUGUAACAAAUUACACUAAUCUUAAACACAUGGUAACAAUGGAAGGUAACGAGCUAGGUGGAAGUUAUAAAAGUUGCCGAAGUAGAUUCUGUUACUUUACGAGUUCCAUGAGCCUCUCCAACAGCGUCGACAGGAAUAAAUCCCUAAAUCUAACCCCAAAUCCUUAUCAGCCGCCUGGUCAUCUUUGUGCGGACUACAAUUCCCAGAAGGCAACGCGCGGCACCCUGUCCCCGCUUCCUCGCCCAGCUGAAGUUGCAGUUUACACAACAGCUUCUUCGACCGACUGUCUGACCCUUGUCACCAAGGACUCGGAUGUACAGGCCACCCCGCCCUGCAUCCGGGUUCUUCCAACUCUGGGGCGUGGCCCGGAUUCCUGAACCUAAUUUUAGAGCUCGGCUAGGCUGGCAGCCAGUGGGCGGGCGGCGGGCGUGGCGCUCUAGGCCGAGCGGCUUCGUCUCUAUGACCACUGGCGGUCCAGGGAGUCUUGCGGCCGGCGGGGGCGCGCGUCAGUUCCGCGCGGGGCUGGCGGGGAACCAUGGCUGCCCCGAGAGAGAAACUGGUAGUCUGGAUAGAUUCAAGGCAUCUUUAAGAGAAAAUGUGUUGAGGAGCCCCAAGGAACUAAUGAAGUUAAGUGUGCCAUCGUUAGUGUAUGCUGUUCAGAACAACAUGGCUUUCUUAGCUCUUAGCAACCUGGAUGCAGCAGUGUACCAGGUGACCUACCAAUUGAAGAUUCCCUGUACUGCUUUAUGUACUGUUUUAAUGUUAAAUCGGACACUCAGCAAAUUACAGUGGAUUUCAGUUUUUAUGCUGUGUGGUGGAGUGACACUUGUACAGUGGAAGCCAGCCCAAGCUACAAAAAUUGUGGUGGAACAGAAUCCAUUAUUAGGAUUUGGAGCUAUAGCUAUUGCUGUGUUGUGCUCAGGUUUUGCAGGAGUGUAUUUUGAAAAAGUAUUAAAGAGUUCAGACACUUCCCUUUGGGUGAGGAACAUUCAAAUGUAUCUGUCAGGGAUUAUUGUGACAUUAACUGUCGUCUACUUGUCAGAUGGAGCUGAAAUUAAAGAAAAAGGAUUUUUCUAUGGUUACACGUAUUAUGUCUGGUUUGUCAUCUUUCUUGCAAGUGUUGGAGGCCUCUAUACGUCUGUUGUGGUUAAGUACACAGACAACAUCAUGAAAGGCUUUUCUGCAGCAGCAGCCAUCGUCCUUUCUACCAUUUCUUCAGUGAUGCUGUUUGGAUUACAGAUAACACUCACCUUUGCUUUGGGUACCCUUCUCGUAUGUGUUUCCAUAUAUCUCUAUGGAUUACCCAGACAAGACACUACAUCCAUCCAGCAAGGAGAAACAGCUUCAAAAGAGAGAGUCAUCAGUGUGUGAUUUCAGCUUCCAGUGAGAUUUCUACUAAGACUAAACCAUUUGCAUUAAACUAGAGCCUUAAGUCAAUCUCAGAAGGUAGCUUAAACAAAAACAAAUUAACUCAUGGCAUAAGAAUUAAGAAAGCUAUCUGAGUGAAUUGUUAAUACAGAGAUUUAAUGUGGAACUAUUUGGGUCAAGCUGUUGUUUCAGAAUGCAAGAAUUUUAUUAUUGUAUAUAUAUAAUGUACAUAAAAAGUAUGGAGGUGAUACGGGAUUAAAAAAAUCAUGUGAGGCUACAAUAUUCAAGGUUUGGGACAAUGUUUAAAAGUUAAAGUGCCAAAGCCAUUUCUGUCCUAACUGUUCUCUUGUUCAGGUACCAGGAGAGAAGGACAACCCCUCCUUGUUCUCCAAUUUAUGUACAGUAUUUUGUCCCAGCAGCAGUAAAGACCCCUAUAAGCUCUUUUCUUGCAAAAGAGGGGCAGAAACAAGACAGGCUAGUUCAGAAACAAACUGAAUGUGUAACUUUCAAACUGAAUCUAUUUCAUUACUUGGACAAUGAUUUCUGGGUGGUGACUGAGUACUCCUUUAGUGCUGUAUUUGUGCCAUUCAUUGUCUGGUUCAUAUUUCUUUGCUGUUAGAUGAUAUACUUUUCUUCAAAAAAAUUUCUAAUGUCACUUUUGUAUUUUUUUAAUAAAGUAUGUUUAACUAUUGGGCUCUCAACAAUUGUGAAAUUUCAGUGUUUUUAAAAAAAUUUCUAUAUAAUGUUAGUGGGGAAAUUCAGCAAUAAACUUUAUUUAUAUGAA